GAAUAUCGAAAGGUGUUGGCUUUGUGCGAUUCGAUCGAAAAAGCGAAGCCGAAGAGGCAAUUGAGAAACUGAAUGGUACAAUUCCAGCUGGAUGUACCGAGCCAAUCACUAUUGCGCAAGCAGCAUCGGCAUUAAUGCCGCUUGCGUUGCUCAGUUCACUUACGGCAGCAUCUGGACGACGAGUUGGCACCGGUCCAAUACAUCAUACCCCUCAGACAGGGCGUUUCCGCUACACACCGUUGGCCGGAGCCCCAGGUACCACAGCAGCAACAACGGCAGCAGCUACAGCUGCUGCCGCAUCAAGCCCCGAGCUUAUCACAACACAACUUCUGCAGAUGGCUGCAGCUACA